AUGGUGUUUCUUUCACAACGAGCAGACUCACGAUACAAAUGUGUUACACGUGGUGACGUGAAGUUGUUGCACAGUGUGAUGCCAGAGCAUCCUUGGUGUUUCCAAUCUCGCAAUGACAGACAAUUGGUUCUUCUGCAGAAACACUUCAAUGCUCAACAAGGUCAACGGAUCCUAGAAUG